AGAGGAAUGAGGUUGCAGAAACUGGUUUUUUUUUUUAAUCGCCCUCAUUGGGGGGGGUAGUGCCGGACCAGGCUAGGCCCUAGGAAACCCGGCUGGCCAUUUCGGCUCCGCAACAGCAGUGAAACCGAGAACGUGCGUGCGUAGCCGCGCGCAAUCAAGGACGCAUGUGCGUAACCGUGCGCAAUCGAGGACGCAUGUGCGUAACCGUGCGUAAUCAAGGACGCAUGUGCGUAACCGUGCGCAAUCUAGGACGCAUGUGCGUAACCGCGCGCAAUCAAGGACGCAUGUGCGUAACCGUGCGCAAUCAAGGACGCAUGUGCGUAACCGUGCGCAAUCUAGGACGCAUGUGCGUAACCGUGCGCAAUCAAGGACGCAUGUGCGUAACCGUGCGCAAUCAAGGACGCAUGUGCGUAACCGUGCGCAAUCGAGGACGCAUGUGCGUAACCGUGCGCAAUCGAGGACGCAUGUGCGUAAUCGUGCGCAAUCGAGGACGCACGUGCUUAAUCGCGCGCAGCCGGUGGUGCGCAAAGCACUUUGAUUUCAGAGAGUGCAGCCACUUUUCACUGAGAAUUGAGGGGGGAAGCCUUAACUUCUUUGACAAUGAUCUGUGUCUUGCCUGGGUUGUACCUUGGCAGCGCCAGCGAUGCUGCUGAUGUGCAAAGACUACAAGAGGCUGGUAUCACACACGUGCUGACAGUGGACAGUGAAGCGCCAAACGGGCUGGAUGGGUUCAUUACAAAGUUUGUUCAUUUAUUGGAUGAUGCCAGCGCAGACCUCCUGAGUUGUUUGCCUGCUUGUACAGACUUCUUGAAAGAGGCUUUGGGGAAAUCUGGUUUAUCUGUACUUGUUCACUGCCAUGCUGGGGUGAGCAGAAGUGCCGCAGUCAUCACAUCCUAUUUGAUGCACACCUCCAGACUUUCCUUGGAAGAUGCUUGCUCAAGGCUACAGGCUCUGAAAUCAGACAUCAAGAUGAAUGAGGAGUUUCUUGGCCAGCUCUCCCUUUAUGAAGCAAUGGGCUGUGAUGUGGACAUGACCUGUGCAAGCUACAAACAAUAUCGCCUGCAGAAAGUCACAGAGAAGUACCCAGAGCUACGGAAGCUGCCCCAAGAAGUCUUUGCUUCUGACCCUUGUUCCAUGGCCCAGACUGCAGAGGUUCUCUACAGGUGUAGGAAAUGCAGGCGCUCCUUGUUCAGGGAGGGCAGUAUCCUGAAUCAUGCCUUAGGCACUGGCACUGCUGCAUUUGCUCACAAACGGUUGCCCUCAAUACAGAAAGCAGACACCACAAAGUGCACCUCCUAUUUUGUGGAGCCCGUUCAGUGGAUGGCAGAAGCUCUGCUGGGGGUUAUGGAUGGACAGCUUCUCUGCCCAAAAUGUAGCUCUAAGUUGGGCUCCUUCAACUGGUACGGAGUACAAUGCUCGUGUGGUCGAUGGGUUACUCCUGCUUUCCAGAUCCAUAAGAACAGAGUAGACGAGGCGAAAAAUCUACAUAUCCGAGGCAUACAGCAAAGCAACACAUAAGAACAAGUCGUGAACGUUGGAAAUGGACAAUAGAUUAAUAUGGAGAAAACCAGAUGAAGUCACUGAACUGGUGUUGGGUUCCAGUACAGCUACUAAAUUCAGACUAAAUUUCAUGUGGACAACUGAUACUGGAUCCUGAUUGUAUAUUCCUUCGGCAUGUCACAUGCAAUGAUUUGCAUCAAAAAUGUUAAAAUAUUUUGUCAUAUAAA